AUCAAUCUAUUGUUAGCGAGGCUCCGGGUAGCGGAAGAUGCAAAGUGCCAGUGCGGGAUGGAGGACGAAACGGUAGCGCACGUUCUGCUAAGAUGUCCUCGGUGGGCAGAGAUAAGACCAGCGAUGAAGGAGGCGGCAGGGAGAAGGUGGGGAGAUCUCUCAUACCUGCUAGGAGGCUAUAGCAAGAAGAGAGAGCUACGUACGGGGAAGUUAGCGGAUGGCCCGAUGGAGAAAUGGGCGCCAAAUUUGGAAAUGGUGAAGAUAACGAUCCAGUUCCUUUAA